AUGGUUUUAUGCAAGCGUGUUUACGUUGGGAAUCUCUAUAAUGAUAUAGAAAGAUGUACCCAACAGCUGUAUGGGCGAUUUGGGCAAUUUGGGAAGUGUCUGAGCUCGCAGUUUGAGUGCCAUUCGCAUUUUGCAUAUAUCAUGAUGGAAUUUGAUAGUGAACACCAACUUAAUAGAUUGAAAGCAAGCUUUAAUAACCUUAGUUAUAUGGGAAAUAAGCUUAAGAUAGAUGUUGCCAAACCUGAUUGGAAGGAACGCUGGAUGAUUGAAAAUCAGAACAAGAGUUUAGAGGAGGCAAAGAAACGACAGAUGCUAUCGCAACAAUGGGAGCAUUACAAGAAAUUGCAUAAUAUUAAGAAAUCAUGGAUAGAUCGUAAGGAAGUAAUAACUGGUAGAGUUAGGAAGACACCAAGGAGCAAACAUAAUUUAAAGAGUAUGACCUUCAGAAUCACCAUGGAUGGAAAGUUAAAGGUGUUAAAGUGUUACAAGACCAAACUAUGGGGAUACGAAAGAAAUAAGUCUUUAAGAGAUUUGGUGUACAGUUUUACCGACAAAUAUUGGCGUGAUGGAUGUAAUCAUAUUGUGGAUAGAUUGGACUACUCCAGGACAAAGAAUUCAUUGCGUUUUGAGAGUACAAACGGUGAUUCUAUCACCGUAGAUUUAAACCAUAGUACAGGUACCGUAGAAGGUCCUGAAAGCUCUGAAGAAUUCAAAGUAGAAAGAGAAAUAACGCAUGGAAUUUUAAAUGGAAUGUUAGAGAAUUUUGAUUUUGCCAAGCCUGUCGAAUUGGAAGUUGAAAACGAACCUGCUGAUGCUGAUUACGAGCUUAACGCGAUGUAUAAGAGCGAAUUGGUAAGUACUGAAGCUAAACACCCUGAUCAGGAGGUGCCACCACUAGGACUAAUAGAAAGAAGCGAAGACGCAAAUGGUUAUGAAAGUGUAUCUAGGGCUCAUAAUGAAUCCAAACAACUUAAUACAAAUAUUGACAAAGAGUUAAAUAAAAAUCCUGCUAUUAGUAAUACGGAAGUUCUCAGGAACGUAUUCAAUCCACUGAAUGUAGAAAAUGCUCAGUUCAAAUUGAUAGAAGAGUCUGACGAAGACAUUGAUCACGAGAAAGACAUUUCUGAACCAACUGGGAUAGAUGUUAUAGAGGUUAAUAAGGCUGUUGCCAUCCCAGAGAAUCCAAUUAACAAAGGAAACCCUAAAGGCUUAUUCUUUCCUCACUGGCAAUCUCCGUUCUUGUUAGCGCAGACACAACUCCAUAAAGUCAAAAAGUCCAACCCAAAUGAUCAACAACAGCUUACAUCAUGGGAAGAAGAAUUUUGGAGAAAUAGAGCAGCCUGGACUCGUGAAAUGAAGCUAGCAAGAAGAGAUGUUCUACGUCAGCUCAAAAAAAGGAACUCUAGAUCGCCAGGAAGUAAUAUUCUAGUAUAA